UAGUCGAAUCAUUUUAGCGACACACACGCAUUUCCGCGUAGUUAGCAAUUCAGUGGCGGCAACUGUAAAGUGGGAUUUAGCACAUUUUAAUUUGUAUCGGUUACGUAGGAUGCUGAGAGAUUUACCGCUGCUAGCUAUCAAGUCAGAAAACCUAACCCACCAAGGUAGGUCCAUAUUUGAAGUUCAGUUAGCAUGGACGCUAGGGGGGAAGCAGCUAGCAUGGCCUUAGAAGAAGUCCAACAUCUAACGCCGCAGGGGGACCUGGAGCUAGCGUUAGCAAACAUGACAGUGGAUGGCCUGCUGCAGAAGGGGAAGGCUGUGCAGACAGACAACAUGACAGAAGAUUUGGGUGUCAACACAGACCCGGACUGGGAGAGCCAGGUGGAGGUCAUGAUGGAGUACAGCUCCAGCCUGACAGAGCAGUACAACAGUCUGAUUAGAAAACAGGAUGAGGACGAGGUGGCACACGAGAAAGAUAAACAACAACUGCAGAAGAAGAAGGAGGAGGCCACUCGCCAACACCAGGCUCUUCUGGACAAACUGGAAUCUGUGCGAGUUAAACUGCAGCUGAACAACUCCAAGGCCACCAGGAAGAACUUUUUAACCAAGAAACAGGAAAUGACUUUAGAGAAGAACAGAGCAGAGGAGCUGAGGAACAGGGUGGCCAAGGAGCUGGAGGAGAAUGAAGGGAAACUAACUGCUCUCACAGAAGAGCAGAGCGAGGAGCAGCGGCGGUGGCAGGAGGAGCUGGACGAGCUGAGGCAGGAGAUGGAGCGAGUGACGAAGGAGGCACAGGAGGCAGAGCUGUUGGCCUUACAGGAUGAGGUCGCUGCUGUGGAAAAGCAGAGAGACGUUGCUAUGGCUCGCAUCGAGGCCUGGCUGAGAGAAGUGGGGCAGUACCUGAACGCUCUCAGGGUGGAGUUUCCGCAGCAGUACCAUCACAAGAGGCAUGAGUGGGAGAAGAAGGAAGGUCUGGUCCGAAAGAACCAGGCUGAGCUCCAGAGCCGUUUCCGGGAGGUUCUGCAGCAGCUCCAGCAGGGUCGUGAAUUAGAGUCCCUCCCCAGGAUCAAUGUCCCGACUCUGCCACUGGUCCCCACGGCUGACCUGAGAUUCAGUCAGGUGAUACAGUCCCUGACCCACCCUCAGCCCCCUCCUCCUCAGAGACACCCACACUUCUACUCACAACAGUACCAGCCCCCUCACCAUCCCCAGUACCGUCAGCGCUAUCACCACCCACCACCACAUCACCAUUUACCACCCCCUCAUCGACACCCGCACCAUUUCCAACAGCCUCUCCCACCCCAGCACCAGUUACAGCCCCACAUCAGAGUUCCACUGAGGGUGACUCCCCCUCCCAGUCUCUCCCCGUCUCCUCCUGUUCAACCUAUGCACCCCGAAGCUCCUUCCCCGCCUCCCCUGACUGCUGCUUCUGCUGCUGCCAUUGCCACCUCGGCCCCCACCGACAAACUAGGCAAGGUCCUAGAGAAGCUCGGGACUCGGUUCCCACAAUGCAACAGGGCUCAGCUGACGAUGCUACUCCAGCAGGUGAAAAGCUCUCGUGGUACACUGGCUGGCAUGUCCAUGGAGGAGGUCAUUGAGCAGGUCGGCUUCAAGCUGGUACAGAAUGAGAGAUCAGCCUCGAGGCCAAUCGGUCGGACCACGUCCCCGGGCCCCAUCCAGAGACCAACACCUCCCCAGCAGAGAGCGGCCGCGGCAGCAGCAGGUGGUGGUCAGGCUGCCGGGACCCGUAAACUCUGCCUAAUGUGCCAGAACCAUGUAGAUCCAGAGAGCCGCCACCCACUGAGCUGCUCCCACACCAUCCACAAAGACUGCAUUAGUAUGUGGCUGAAGUCCAGCAGGAAUAAUUCCUGUCCAUUCUGCUCGGGAAAGUCAUAGAGAAAAACUGGUUGUGAAACGUCCAUCGUGACUCUUUGUAGAGCCAUUCCAGAAAGUCCUCUGAUAUAUUAAACACUGAAAAUUUCUGUAUGUUUUUUGUUAAAUACUACCGGCAAUAAAGAUUAUUAAAGAAAACUAAA